CGAUGAGACUCCGUGGGAGCCGGUCGUGGCCGCAAUGUGGACCCGCGGACAGUGCUAUCGCGACCACGCUGCCACACCGUCGUCACUCAGUACAAAAUCUGCACGACCGAAGCGUUCGUGCGCCACAAACUAUAAACGCAUUCGAUAACUAAUAGAUAAAAAAAAUUGUAGCAAGAGCUUAAAAAUACGUAAAGAUAUUUUUAAGUCAAUCGUAUUAAAAAUAAUAAUUUUAACUAUAUUUACAUAUACAUAUUUGUAUUUGUGGUUUUUUUUGUAAAAUAUAAUUACACUUAAGUUAGAAUUGGUGAUGUGCGAUGGCUAAGCGUCGCGGGUUGCCAGAUUGGGGAGUAUUGCAAUGGGCUCGGCGUUUCCUCGCGGUGUGCGCGUGGGCAUCCGCGCUGUUUGUUGCCGUCGGAGCGGACGCACAUGCGGAUGUUGAUACCUCAACUGGGCUUGGAGAUAACACUCUGACUAAUUCAGUUGUGGAGGAACCGGAGUUUACUGAUGUCAUCCAGAAUAUGACUGUGCCCGCUGGGCGCAGUGUGCGUCUCGCGUGUUCUGUUAAAAACCUGGGCUCUUACAAGGUAGCAUGGAUGCAUUUCGAGCAGUCAGCCAUUUUAACCGUGCACAACCACGUAAUAACUCGCAAUCCGCGUGUGAGCGUGACUCACGACAAGCAUCGCACUUGGUUCCUGCAUAUAUCAGACGUUCGGGAAGAAGAUCGGGGACGGUACAUGUGCCAGAUAAACACCGUCACUGCGAAAACGCAAUUCGGUUAUCUACACGUUGUUGUGCCCCCGUCAAUCGACGACUCGUUGAGCUCGAGCGACGUUAUCGUCCGAGAGGGCGCUAACGUCACUCUGACGUGUCGCGCUAAUGGCUCUCCUAAGCCUACCAUCAAGUGGAAACGAGAUGACAAUUCAAAAAUUUCCAUCAGUAAAGGACAUUCAGUUUCCGAAUGGGAGGGCGAAGUAUUGGAAAUGGCGCGGAUAUCAAGACUGGAUAUGGGAGCUUAUUUGUGUAUCGCCAGUAAUGGAGUACCGCCGACGGUUUCGAAGAGAGUCAAAGUUAGCGUGGAUUUUCCUCCUAUGCUUUGGAUACCACACCAACUUGUCGGCGCUCCACUAUACUACAACGUAACGUUGGAGUGCUUCACUGAAGCCCAUCCUACAUCUUUGAACUAUUGGACUCGAGACGACGGUCAUAUGAUCCACGAGAGUGCUAAGUACCACAUGGAGAACACAAUUGGAGCUCCUGCUUAUAAGACUCAUAUGAAGUUACUCAUCAGGCACAUCGUCACUGAAGACUAUGGUACUUAUAAGUGUGUAGCAAAGAAUCCGAGGGGAGAAUCAGAUGGAACCAUAAGACUAUAUACGUCAUCACCACCGACAACGACUCCAGAUCCCAGAGCCAUUACAGUACUUCCACCAUCAAAACCUCCACGUCGGGAUACACCACUUACAGAUAAAGGAACGAAGUAUCAAUCGAACUUGAACGAGAUCGAUAAGGGGAAGCAAAAGUCUGACGAGGGUGGCGGGAAGACGCAUCUUAACUGGGUGGGUGGUGCAUCACAAGUCACAGAUAAGGCAGAUUUGAGAAGAAACCAUCCACUGAUUUUAGUUUUAAUCUUUGCCUCCUGGUUAUAUUUAAAUUAAUUUAAAAGCACCUAUUAUAUAUAAUAAAAGAUACACUGUCCAUAAAUCAUGUAACCGUAAAUUACGCGCUGUAAUAAUAAUAAUGAUUUUUGAGAGCAACUUAACUUUUACAAUUGUAUAUUUAUAUUGCACUUGUCGAAAAUAUUUGUAAUCUAACGCAAGACCUACAUAAGGUAUUUGUUAAAACACUAUAAGUUCGCACUGUCCCAUAUCCGCUUAGCUGUAACACUGUAUCAAGGAGUAUUUAUAUUUUAGGUAAUAUUAUAAAAAUAGCUUAGUGUAUUACAAAAUUUUACUCUAUACAGAGUUCGAAAAGGCUCUCCAGUCUCGACAUAUUAAUUUAUAUUAUUUUGGAUUUUUCUCGAAAACAGGUAACGUAGUUUUAAUAAAUUAGAGGCAUCGUUAAAUCUCUUAGAUGAGAGUAAAAAUUAAACAGUCGAUAUAAAGUAUAUAUAUUUAUAUAUUUAUUGUGUAUAAAUGUUGUUGUUAAUUAUAUACUAUCUAUAAUUAUUAUUAUGUAUAAAAGUUCCUUAAUAGCGAACCCACGAUUUAGCAGACUUAAGAAAAUGUUCAUUUUUAUUUUUUUAUAAUAAUUUGGAUUUGUAUUAUUUAAUCACUAAAACUAUGGAUUUAAUAGAUUUUAUUUAUGUUGAUGUAUUGUUUUUGCUUCAUAUUUAUGAAGAGUAUGUCUGCUAAAGAGUGAAUAUAUUUAAUUCUGAAUCGUCGCACGUGUAAUAAUAAAAAUAAAGUGCACAAUUAUCAUAACAAUUAUUUUUAUUAAUAGACUAAGACUGAAUAAAAUAUUUAUUAAUUUAAAUUAGUGUGGAAAAAUAUAUCGCUUAUUUAGUCAUGUUCGCUGUGAUUUGUAAUGCCAACAAAAUAAAUGAAUAAAAUCCAUUUUAUUAUUAAUAUUAAAAAGUUUGCUACAUCAAAUAAACAGAUACAA